UACCCCUAACUAGAGUAAAAUAUUUAUUAAUUUGUUCAUAGUACGAACAAUAUUCCAUUCGUACGAGGUACGUACAAAUCGAACACAUGUAAAAUGGCUCACACACAAUUUGUUUAGUUUCAGUCUUUCCCAUACGGUACUAGAGUCAACAAGUUGAAAAUAUAAUAAAAAAAAAAUAAUAAAGAAACCGACGACAAUCACGACAAUUGUCUCCGAUAGAGAGAGAACAAAAAAAAAUAAAGAAAUCUAUUUAUUUAUAUGUACAUAUGAGUAUAAUAAUAAUGAAAAAUUAAAACAGAAAAAUAAACGGUAAAAAUAAAAAUAUAUAUAAAAUUAAAAUAAAUACACAAACACACUCAUUAAUUAAUUAAAACAAAACACAACUAAAAAAAAAUCUAUGACAAAAAAAUCAAGUGACUUAGCAGCUGUUUUAAAGUGAAAGAAAAAUUAAAUAAAUUUUAAAGAAAAGUCAUUCCUUUUUAAAACUAUUCGGUUUCAAAAAUCUCCCUCAACUUAAUUAACUUUAGUAACAGUUACUAAAUAGAAGAAAAAAAAGGCUGCUUAAUAUCUUACCUUGAAACGUUCCUUGAUUAAUCAAUCAAUCAAUCGCCCUUUUAUAUAUUAAUUUCGUAUUGUUUGUUUCGCUACAUGGAUGACGAGCUUGAGGAUAAAGUUUUUUAUCAAACAUACGUUUCACACAUGAAGAUCCUAUCGAAAUUUGCCGUGGGCUUUUCGUCCAUUAACUCACCCCUAGCGUACAUUUGGAAAUUAUGUCGUCUCUAUGUUUUGCGACCAGAAGUGAUAUUCUGCGGUGUUAUACUAUUCAUUUUACUACUUUAUUUACAAGCUGUCGACACAUGGUCACGUGGUUUACUCGGCCGCAUACAGGCCACUCUAAGUGGCCGUCAGAAGUCGAAUCGCAUGAAAUUACUGGAGGCAUCCGGCCAAGGUGAUCAUCAAUCGUGGGAGGCAUUGCGUGCUCAGAGUUCAGCGUAUGCGAUACUGGGAAGGAGACCUCGUAUGGAAGAUCGUUUCAUUCUCGAGGAAAAUAUUAACAAUAAUACGGGCAUUUCAUUUUUUGCCGUAUUUGAUGGUCAUGGUGGUGAAUUUGCGGCCGACUUUGCCAAAGAUAUCUUGGUUAAAAAUAUUUAUAACAAGGUCAUCGAAACAACCAAGUUGUUGGGUGUCCAAAAAUUGGAACAGAAAAAUUUGAUGGCAGCCAAUGCAGCCGAUAUUGAUAAAGACUAUGUGGAAUAUGAUGCUAGUCCGUAUUUGAAAAGGAAAGCAAGCCGCAAAGACAAUAAUAAUGAUGGUAGCAAUAAGGAAAAUGAACCAGUAAUUAGGAGACGUGAUAGUUUACGAAAGACCACAAGUGUUAACGACGAUUGUGCUUCGAAAAAAUCGAGUGAUAGAGAUUCAUCAGAUGUUUUUACUCUACAAUUAAACUCCCUCUUACGUGGUGUAGGCGGUGGUUCUAGUGUUAAGGAUAGUUUUUUAAAUAACAAUAAUAAUAAAGAUUUAACGACUAACGAUGGCAAGGGUCCACAACAGUUUGAUGCCAAGUGUUAUAUUGAAAGUGGCAAAAUUAAUUUCGGCAAAUUAAUAACCGAUGAAGUACUAGCGGCCGAUUAUAAAUUGGUGGAGGCAGCGAAAAAAACGACCAACAUAGCCGGUACCACAGCUUUAAUAGCCAUCAUCCAGGGCAGCCGUUUAAUAGUCGCUAAUGUUGGCGAUUCCCGCGGUGUUAUGUGCAACUCUAGAGGAAUUGCCAUACCGCUGUCUUUCGAUCAUAAACCACAACAGGUUAGAGAACGCAAACGGAUUCAUGAUGCUGGUGGCUUUAUAGCCUUCAGAGGUGUGUGGCGUGUAGCUGGCAUAUUGGCUACCUCAAGAGCUCUAGGAGAUUAUCCCUUAAAAGACAAAAAUCUAGUCAUAGCUAAUCCAGAUAUUCUAACAUUUGAUUUAAAUGAUCACAAGCCUACAUUUUUAAUUUUGGCUUCUGACGGUCUCUGGGAUACGUUUACCAAUGAGGAAGCUUGCAGCUUUAUAAAGGAACACAUCACUGAACCAGAUUUUGGAGCCAAAUCGCUGGCCUUGCAAUCCUAUUAUCGUGGCUCUGUAGACAAUAUUACGGUUCUAGUAAUAGCCUUCAAAAAUGGUGUAUAUCGUAUUGGUUCAGCCGCCAACACUUCGGUAUCUAAUGCCGCUUCAGCAUCAUCGUCCCUUGGGUCAAAUGUGCCGAACAAUUCUAAAAAGGAGACCGCUAAGUCAGCAGCUUCUGCCAUUGCCUCGACCAACUUGAAUCGCUCGAACAGUGUUCGUGCUAAAUAAUAAACAUACUCAUAAACAAACAAAAAAAUAAAAAAAACACUUUCGUAAGAUCGUCGAGUCUUUGUUGCAUUCUAAAUCGCGCACCUAUAAAAUGAAUUUUGUUAUUUUAACCCCUUAUGCAAUUAUAAUAACAAAAUGUCAGAUCAUUAAAAAGAAGUGCCCAAAGCUAAAAUCAAAUUCAUUUAUGUAAAAUCUACGCAUUUUAAUAUUUAAGUUAGAUUUUGUUUUAAAGUAAAACAAACAAGCAAAAUACCCACCACACCCGCCUGUUUCUUAUAGAGCGCUUUCAUAUUUAUACAUCCUAUACCAACCUCCUCCCCUUCCCUCCUUUACACAAUUAAUUUCUUUAAGAUGUUUGUUUCGUAGCUAGAAAAACUGCAAUGGAAAAUGUUGAGAAAUUAUUUUUUUUUUAAUUUAGUUAUUGUUUUGUUUGUUUCCUAUUUUAUUUAAUCUAUAUAUCGUUAGCUUAGUGUGCAAACGUGCUAAGUCCACUUUUUAGGAAAAUUAUGAUUUUAAUUCAAAACUCUAGAAAUGGAAAUUAGCACGUUUGCACACUAAGCUAAUAAUGAUAUUUAUUAUGUACGUUGUUUUUGUUAUUAUUUAAUAAUGAAUGUAUUUUUAAUUUAUUCAAAACACCAACACCUCACAAAACAUACAUAAUUGUUUCUCGUAUACGUUAGUUUUAAACGAGUUUUCUAAAUUUAUUUCUUUAAACCAAAUAUUAAAAACAAAAAAUAUCUGUAAAAUUUUAAUUAACUAAAUUUUUACGAAAAAAAAAAUUAGAUAAAUUUCAAUUGAAAUUGUUGAAAAUGAAAAAAAAAACAGUUACCAAACGAAAAUAUACCUACUAUUAAUAAUA